AUGAAUCUCAACCUUAAAAUUUCACUUUCCAUUUUCAUAGAAACGUAUCCUCUUAAUUCAUUUCUUGCUCUUUUCUAUCCGGAAACACACCCAACUUCACUAGAAAUGUCCUUCCUUGGUUUUGGCUCCCAGCCUCAAAUUUCUUCAGAACAAAAAAUCGCAGCUGCAGAAGCUGAAUUGGACAUGAUUACCACCAUGUUUAAUCAACUUCUAGAUUCUUGUUACAGAAAAUGUUUUGAUAAAAAUAUAACCGAUGAAAACCUCUCUCAAAACGAAUCUCUUUGUAUCGAUAGAUGUGUCACCAAAUAUUUUGAAGCAAAUGUUAAAGUCUCUGAGUCCAUGCAAAGUGUUGGUAAUUCUGGCGCUCUUGCAAGAAAGUAA